AGCCCGGCCUCCCCACCCCUCCCGCCUUAGCGGCAAAACGGAUUUACCAUGAGCUGGCUUCCCAAGCACGUUUGGUUGUGGGCGCUCCUCAACAGCACCGCUCACCCGCUGAUCCGGGUUACAGCUGAAGGGCAUGCAACUAAAAUGCUUCAUGGUGCAGUCCCACUGCGGGGACUUUGCAAGUUUUGUGAUGUUAAGUCAACAACCUGCACAAAUGAAGGUCAUUGCUUCAGUGACUGCAACAUCACUUCGAUCUGUGAAGAUGUGAAUGAAGUAUGCGCAGCAGUAUGGAGAAAGAAUGAUGAAAAUAUAACCUUGGAAACAAUAUGUCACGAUCCCAAACUAGAGCUUCAUGGGCACAAACUGGAUGACUUCCAUUCAAAGAAAUGUAUCAUGAAAGAAAUGAAGGAAGCUGGUGGAUUGCUGUUCAUGUGUUCCUGCAGUGAUGAAGAAUGCAAUGAUGAACUUAUUUUUUCAGACAAGGUGAAAGACUAUGAACCACCAUUUGGAUCCAAGGUGCGAGAACAUCCUUGUGUUGAAAGCAUGAAGGACAAUGUUUUGCGGGACCGAGGUCGACCAGACAUACCUAGCUCGUGGCUCAACCAUCAGGGCAUCCAGAAGGUCUGUGAGACUCUCGUUGAAUGCUGGGACCACGAUCCUGAGGCCCGUCUCACUGCGCAGUGUGUAGCGGAGCGGUUCAAUGAUCUCGAGUACCAGGACAGGCUGUCAGGAAGAAGCAGCUCCGAAGAGAAGAUCCCAGAAGACAGCUCUGUGAACAGUGCCAAGUAGCAAUGGACGCAAACAUGGACCGAAGAGAAGAACUGCUCUUGGCUUUGUGCAUGCGCUCACAGCAGGAGGAGACGCUGGUCCUUAGUCUUGGAUGUGCUUCCUGUGGCAUCGAGGAAUCCCACCUCUCCCUUGACUCCGCUGCUCCCAAGAAAAGUUCUUACGUUAUGGGAAGCCAUGAUGGGGCAGCAACGUCAUGCCACAGCGGCGGGUGCCUUGACUUGUGUCACAGGAUAAGCUACGUUGGUGUUUCCUCACAGAACAAGAUUGUACAAAAUGCCAGUUAUAUUUGCACUUUAUCAAUGCCUGUAUAUAACUAUGGAAGAGCAAUACACACACAGACACUCUCUAAAGCUCUGCCAGGAGUCUUCCAGGAAGUUAAGGUGAAAGAAUGCCAGCAGGGAUGGUCAGGAUGCCUGCCAAGACGCUGGCAGCGGCAGUGCCUUGCGUGCCUCGCCCAAUGCCUAAGAACAGUGGGAAGGUGCUGCUAAACCAUGAAUACUGUAUACAGCUGCACUCCUUUUGUGCAGAUGAGAAGCGAGGGAUAGGGAUGGGUUUGGCUGUGCUUUUUCAGCCCUUUUUAGCACAUUUGUUACAACUAUGCAAUGAUGUUUCAGCUGGUUCUUGAACAUCCGGAGUGUGCACAUUCAGCUGACCAUUCGGGUCUAAUUUUCUUCCAAAUCUCGUGGAGUUUAGAAUUGGGGGGGGGGGAUGGGUCAGGGGGUGCUUUUUGUCCCUGUAGAGAGGACUGCUAAUGUCUUCUGUCUUUCUCUGAGCUUGCACUUCGUGUCAGCAGCCUCCCCGAGUCGACUCGGAGGGGGGGGAGGCUUCCCUGCUUUAUGAAAUCAGGCAGGGCCAAUUAGAAGGGGAACAGAUGUUUUGCAUUUGCGGUGCAUUCUGACACCGUGUGGGACUUCUCCUCCCCUCCCUCUUCUCCCGGAUCAGUAACAUCAUGUCUAGUUCCUUGAGCCCCUCACGCUCACACUUGAUUCCGUGCCCGGUGCAUAAGAAGGGGGGAUGGUGCAUGAUGCUGUGGAAAAGAUUUGCUACGUGUUAAAGGUGUGUUUCAGUCUCCUUUAACUUGAAUCCUGGUCCUCCCCAGUCUGCAGUCAUUCAGAACUGCUGGCAACAUGAGUACAUUCCUAAACUUGAUCCCCACAGGGCAUGGAUUACAUUCUUUCAGUCUUCCAAAAUAUUUAGAUUUGGAGCUGGCCUCUUGAGGAAUUUUAACUGAUGGAAUUUCAGCAGUCAGUGCUUCCCUGCUUGAUCAUCAGGGUCUCUGAACUUUGGAGCUCAAGUUAGCUUGGAGGAGCCGGGAGCUUGUCGUCGAGUGCCUUCGAUGCCUGUCUUUUUUCUUCUUUUCAAAACAAGGAAUUUGUUACCGACCCAAAAGUAAACUGUUCAGCCCCAGAAUUAAAAGUUUUAUAUCGAGUGCAAUCCUAAAUCUUUUUAUCAUAUAGGACACUGAUAUUUUUUUUUAAAUUAGGAACAGUUGCUUUGUAUAGCCAAUAGGGGAAAAUGUAUAUUCACAUAGGAGUUAAAAUUUAUGAUGAAAAAUAUUUAUUUUUUAAAAAAGCUUUUUUGCAUUUGCUUUUAUAUUAAAAAGAAAUAUUUAAGCAUUAAGAGGGCAGGAGAUCAACUAUUACAAUGCAAUCCCAACUAUAAUAGCAGCAGACUGUUUGAACUGUGGAGCUUACUGGCAAAGUGGGAGUAUAUUGGGAUCAUUAUAACAUUCCUAAACAGAGCUAGGAUCUUGUGACCUCUAGUGGUGGUUUCUUGGGGUAGCACCUUGGAAAAUAACUGCACAGGAAAAAGAAAUAUUACCACCAACUGGAAAAUGGGGAGUAUGUACACUUAAAAUCUAAACCAAUAAUUUCAAAACCUGUUUGACUGCCAUGCCUUCCCUCAGGAGCUUUGGUGGUCAUAGUUUUAUGAGGACACUGGGGCUUAAAAAAAAAAAAAGUUGUGUGUCAUAGAACUACAAUCCCCAGAGCUCCUUAGUAGACAGCAGUGAAAGUCUAGCAAGUUUUAAACUGGUUUAAAUUUGUGGUAUACAUAUACCCUGGACCUUUACUCGGGGAUUGUGAUGUGUUUGAUAUUUCUCAUGAUGUGGUCCUUUUACCUUUGGUUUAAAGAGUGAGAGAAUCCCACAGUUCCUGACAAUUCUAACUUUGUUUACUGUUAUAUAUAAAGGGAAAUGUUAAUUCCUCCACGGAACUUCCAUUGUACAUCAUGUAUGAAAAUAGGAAUGUGAACAUAUAAUCUUGCUUUUCCAAAUGUUUC